GAGGCGAACUCCCUCCGCGCGGCGCCGCCCCGACCGAGAGGUCGAGGCAGGGGCGAGUUGGAGGGGGCCGCGCUCCCAGUCCCGGCAAGUCCGAGGUUCCCGGGGCGGGGUCAAACCCGCGGCCAACGAGAGCGGCGGCGGCUUAAAGAGCUGCGUUCCCCUCCUGCGGCCCCACGAUGGCUACCGAGCAGUGGUUCGCGGAGCCGCUCCCCCCCGGCCCUGGGGAAACACCGCCCGCGGACGACUUGGAACCUGGGGCACAGCCCUGCGGAGAUCCCUCCUGGUUGGCGUCCCCUGGCGGACCUGGGGACCCACCCGAGGCGGAACCGGAGGACGUCCAGGGACAGCUCCCCGAGGCCUCUACCGCUAUUCCUUCCCCCGAGCCUCUGGCCCCGGGCCCAGGGCCCGCCCCUCCUCGCCUACCCUUGGACACCAUGUUCAGCCCCAUCACCGAACAGCUCCGCUACCUGCUCAAGAAGGCAGAUGAUUUCCAGAGCUACUUACUUUACAGGGACCGAGUGCAGAAGGAACAGCUGGCAAAGGCCAUGCCCACCUUCUUACAGAUGUGUGAGCCCUACUUUCUUUACCUGGAGGCAGCCGCGAGGAGUGUGCCUCCCAUCUAUGGAGUCCUGCAGGAGCUGGUCCGAAAGGGGCUGUUGGAGAUCUCCCAACAGCUGACCCUGCGCCUAGAACAGCUGGUCCUCAUGUAUGCCUCCUUUGGGUUUGUGGACCUGGAGGAGACCGACCCCCUAAGUAUCUCCUGUUUCUUCUGCGGAAGGUUCUCCAUCAGCCCGUCCCACGAGGUGUCCAUCUUCAGAUACUGUGCCCCAGCCGCUUACACCGCCAGCCGCUUCCCCCGAUACCUCUAUAAGAAGAUGCGCUGGAAUCUGGAAACCGCCCCAGAGCCCAGCGGCAGGGGGCAAGAUUCCCGCGUGGAUUACUACUUCCUGUGCUAUCGAGAUACAUGGGAAGACACAGGCAAGAGUCCAGCCAAUUCAUGCCCCCAGAUCCAGAAGCUGUGGUCCAUUGGCCGAUGGGUGCCGCUAGGACCAGCUGAGGAUGACCUUUAUUCAUGGAUCUUGUGCCCGCAGCCUCCUGGGGACUACCAGCAACUGCUGACCAUCGGCUUCGAGGAGCCCUCGCACAUGCUGGCCACCGACCUGCUGGUGCAGAUCCUCACGGGCCAGUCAGGCCCGGCCCGUCCCCCGAGCGCGGCGGGGCCCGCGGCGUGGACCGCGCAGGGGUCUUGAACCUGGAGAGAGAAUGGGAGCCGCAGCCUGACAGUUCCAAACUCCAGGAGAGGGAGCAGGGGAGGGGCUCACUCGUUCUCCUAGUGCACCUCGGCCUCGCCUUCCAAGGGGCCAGGCCAAGCUGGCCCGUUCGCACCGGGUCCGACCUGGCCGCGGAGCCCUGCGCGGGGACACACCAGUUUUGCGUUAAAUAAAAGAAAGAAAGAGGUCACAGGCUCGGCGUCCGCUCGGUGCGCCGCGCCCC